CAGUCACCCAGUUGCGCGUCAGCAGCAGUACAAAUGUACUCGUUACUGCGGGUGUUCGGUCGAACUGAAAGUUACCAAAAAAAGUUACAAAAGUUUAAUUCAGAUUAAAUUAACCGCUUUUCCGAAAGGAAUUAAACAUUUCUAGAUGUUUGACCACGCAUGUGAGAAGCCUUGUUUGUGAGCGCAGGGCAGAGAAGAGAGGGUGAGCCAGCAGCCAUGAUGAGGAGCAACGGUCAGUGGGACGUGAAGGCGGCCUCGGCACACGCCGGGCUGUUCCACUUCCUGUACUCCUGCGGCCGGGCGUGCCUGCUUCCCUUCCUCACGCUGUACCUGCGCUACCUGGGCCUUACCGCCACCAUGACUGGCAUCGCUAUGGCGACCAGGUGCCUGGUCACGCUGGCCUGGGGCCCCGUUUCCUCCCUCCUGGCCAAGCGCUACAACAGGCGGCGGGGGGUGGUGAUGGGGUCUCUGCUGGGCUCUGCGGCCAUCGCGCUGCUCCUCCUGCUCCUCCCGCCCGCCGACCAGGAGGCGGCUGUCCGCCGCUGCAACGCCACCCAGCUCCGGGAGAGCCCCGGCCCCGGUGGCGUAGAGCCUGGUGGCCCGGGGCACUUCACGCCCACCGCAGCCCCUCCUACGGCCGUGAUGUCACUAUCACUCAGACCAGGUGGCAGCAGCACUAGUCACUUAUCUGUGACCAAAGCCCCUGGGAGUGCUUCUACCAGCCACCGAGUUUCCCAAGGACCUCAUAGACUCAUAUCUAGCUCUGGGGACCAACAAGUUGCUUCUUCAGACAGCAACAGCUCCCACUCUCCUGCUUUACCAGAGAGGGCGGUGAGAUCGGUGGUAAGGGGGUCCAAACAGGGCCUGGAGAAGGAGGCGGUGCAUUACGAGUUCCUCGGCAGCCUGAAGGUCAUGGACGCCCAGCACCAGCUGUUCUUCCUGGUCCUGAUGGGCGUGGCCCUGUGGGAGGGCGCGUCCGCCCCUCUGGAGCGGACGGUGGAUGACGGGCUCUUCGAGUACCUGGAUUUCGUGGACGCUGCGGACCGGCACGGCUCGGCCCAGCUGUGGGGGCUCGUGGGGGCGGCGGGCGGGGCAUGCGGGGCGGGGCUCCUGGUCGGCGGGCUGGGCUGCAUGAUCGGCACCCGCCUGCCCAGCAGCGCCGCCCACUUCUUCGCCUACGCCGCGCUGACGUUCCUGGCCGCACCCGCGGCGGCCUUCCUGCCCAUGUACCUGAGCCGGAAGCGGGGGCCCGCAGGGCGGGCCCUGAAGGCCCUGCGGCUGGUCCGCGGGGACCCCUCCGCCGCGCUCAGCGCUGCCACGGCCUUCCUGGCGGGGGCCGGGUCCGCGACCGUCAGCGACUUCCUCCUGUGGGAGAUGCAGGACCGCGGGAGCAGCGAGCUGCACAUGGGCCUGGCCCUGGGGGCCGCCCUGGUCUCGCAGGCCCUCUUCCUGCUCCUGCUGGCCCCGCGGGCGGCCCGCUUCCUCAGCCACGGGACGGCCAUGUCGCUGGGCGUGGCCUCCCUGGGCCUGCAGUGCCUGUACUACUCCUUCCUGUGGUCGCCCUGGUCCGCACUGCCCGCCCAGGCGCUGAGCUGCCUGAGCGCCGGCGCCCUCUGGUGGGCGGUGGAAGGGCAGUGCGCGGCCGUGGCCACGCCCGGGACGGAGCGCUGGGUCCACGGGCUGGUGCGCGAGACGGCCGCCGGCCUCGGGGCGGGGCUGGGGAGCCUGGCCGGCGGGUUCACGGUGGACCGGUUCGGCGUGGCGGUGCUGUUCCGCGGCGCGGCCGUCGUCCUGCUGCUGUGGGGACUGGUCCUCCCCGUGGUACUCUCCCGGCUGCCACGGCGACGGCGGAUCAACUACUCCCGCCUGCUGGCGGCCGACGCCAGCGAGCAGAGCGAGAGCGAAUCGGAGCCUGAGCAGGAGAGAGACUGGCUGGUCACGGCUAUGCAGGAGGAGAAGAGCACCAACAACAACAACAACAAGGGCCACUGGUAAAAAAUAAAAUAGAAGAGGAAGCUGAAGAUGAGGGGAAAGGGUACAGUAGCACUCCCUGGAAAAGAUGUUGGAAGUUUGAUUAUUUAUUUCACUUUAUUUCUGUGAAUGGCAGAUUGUGAGGUGUACAUGAUGCUGCGGCAGAGGGGUUCAAACACCUGUAUUGUCUUUAGGCUGCCCCCAUCCCAGCUGAUUCCACUGCCUGCAGUAGGGGUAUGGAACACCUCCAUUCCUAGAGUGCCAGUGUGCAGGCAUAUUUUUCUUUUGACCCAUUACCCAAACUUAAUUGGGUAAUUAGCAGGUCACACCACGGUUUGGGAUGGAUAGGGACACAGGAACAGUGUGAGACAGUCUUUUGUGAGCUUGUCAGUAAACUCUGCUGCAAUAUCAGACUGUGUAAAUGAUCCGACUGAGGAAAUGACUGAGAGUGGAAGGUGAGAGUGAAAUGAACAAUGCAAGUCCCUCCUUCCCCACUCCUGACCCACAUUAUCAUCAAGCCGACCCUGAAGAGGAACGAAAGAUAGUACGCUCAAGCAAUAAGGCUGGAACAACUCCAUUUUUAUUCUUGUGAAUUUGACUGUUUCCGGUUAUAUUUUUGGCCCGUGUGCACAAACAGUAUUCACCCUCCUUCUAGUAAACAGUCUGACUGGCGUAUGACAUGAUGUCUGAGGCAUGUUGAUGAACUGCUGUGUGCGUGGCCUGUCGUGGUUGUUUGCAUAUACUGUAAUGGAUGGAGAUGGAUUUGCAACAGUAGUGUAGUUUGAAUAUAUGACAUGACUGACCAGGUGGAGUCAGGGCUUGAGGUGACAGGAACCAAUCAGACUGCAUGACUUGUUUCCUGUUACUCGACAAACGAUGGGGGGGGGGGGGUCCGUAUCAUUUAAUGAACAGAAUGGCAAUGUCUUUCAGGCCUAAACUGCUUGUUCCAUUGACAUAUGGAACGGGUGUGUGAGAUUCCACUGGAUCCUGUUUCACCCUGUUUAUUUCCCCCCUCUGUACGCUACUGUUCAUCUCACCGUGCUGUUGGCAACAAACACUUAUGACACUCUGUGCAGUACAUUUAGCCAAACUUGAAAUUCCGGUUUGUUGCAAUGCUGUGGUGUUGAACAGAUUUGCCAGUAACCUGUCAGAGGGGUUUUCAAAGCCUCUGGCUUAGGCUUCUGAAGCUUUUGUGAUUGUAACAAAGACUGGAUACUGUACGACCUAGCCACCAUGUACAUGGAAUGAGGUACAGGGGCUGACAGUGAUGUGAAGACUUCAGUAGAGUAUAACUACUUUAGCAUUCGAGUUGAUUUUUUGAUUUGAUUUGAUUUGAUUGAUUUGACAUAUCAAAACAAAUGUAUAUAAAAUGUCAUACAUUGUUGCUUGAGAACGACUUCAUCAUUGUGAUGUACGUCUGUCAGUUGAAUAAUAAAAGAGAUCUGUUGGGUUCAUAUUGCCACCUUGUGAGAUAUGCCUAGGCACACAGCUUUUUACACUUCAGGCCAUGCAUCACAAGAUGAGUGUCACUUCCUCAAUUUCAUACAAAAUAAUGGGAUUUUUUCCCAGAACCUUGUUUUGACAUACAAGUCUUCUGGCAUAGUUGAAGGGCAUAAACCAAAAACAAAUUUGUCAUGUGGUAAUGUGUUGCCCAACUUGAUUUUUUAGAAAGCAAAGGUCGUUGCGUUUACAGCAGUCUAUCACUAAGAGUCUGUAUUGUAAACGUUGAGCUUUAUCAGUAGUGUAAUGUAGCCUGGCUUUGCUGUGAUAAGGCAUUGUUGCGUGGAAUAUGCACUGUAUACACUAUUUAUUCUUUCCCUGAAGAAGUGGUUUCACACAUCUUACCUGAAUGUGUUCUGUUUUCAUUGGUCUCUGUUCAUGGAAUAAUGCAAGGUUACAUAACGCUUGUGCUCUUGUGUACGAGUGUGCUCUGCCCUUUUCUAUGUGCAAUAAAUGCUGUUCCCUUCGAUAUCAGGCGCAAGUGAAGCAAAAGCUACAGUAAUUGUUCUAAGGAGCUGUUUGUUUUCAUGGAGGUUUAGAACUGCACAUUCAGUAGUUUUUCAGGUCAGCCUUGCUGAAUUUGUGACUGAAAAAUUUGGUGAAUGACUAUGAAUGUAUAGAAACAAUGGGCAUUUCAUAACUCAUUCCUGGCCUUUGAUGGCAUCACACAUAGCCAGGAAAUGAGUCCAUAUUUAUUUUCUGCAAUGUGACCUACGUGGAGGAGGCAUGCUCACUAACCUUUGAGACAAGUGGCCAGUCUGUUGGGCGCCUUCUGGGGUUUGAGUGACUAUUUACUGCAUGAUGUGGUUCUUAUUGUAGGUCAAUAAAGAACACCCUACCAA